AUGUGCCAAAACAAAGUAGCGAAGGACUUCAUGGCGAAUUUUGGCGAUUUUUGCUUUAUUUCUCCACGUUACAAGGACACUGGGACCGGAGAGUAUGUGGAAAGGAUGUGCAGGCUCCUCGCUGAGCACGAAUGGGUCUACAACUUCCAACUGACUCGUUUUUUCGUCGAGAAAAUUUGGGAGAAAAUCCCGGAAGAGUGGAGAAAACCUCUACUAUCCCUCUCUACUGAUGACCUAAACCACCUGCCCAGUGGACGCACAAAAGAUGAUUGGCCAACCUCUCUGAGGGCCUUUGUCAAGGAUGCUGCGUCCCUGGCGUUACCAAGGCAACAGUCACAUGACCUAGUUGCCAUGGAGAUCAACAAGGAUGUAGCAAGGGGCAUGACACCGAAGAAAGAACAUGAGGUUUCUUAUCUGGCAUCUGUAGUAAGAGACUCAUGCAGUAGGACAUCAUGCAGCAGUGUUAUAGACAUAGGCUCAGGACUGGGUUACCUGGGACAGGUGUUACACCACCAGUGUGGGCUGCAGGUGGUUGGUGUGGAGGCGCAGGCCAGCCAUGUGCAUGGGGCGCAGAGACGGAUCAAAUCACAAGGCAGAGACAUGGACACGCAAAUCCAGACAGUGAACCUCAAACUUGACGACACCUCAAGUAGCAUCCACGACCUUGAACUCCUCAUCAGUUCCCUACAACAGCCAGCUUCACAAGACCAAGGUCAAACUGAUGUUUGUAACAGAAACAAUGGAAGAAGAGAUGGCACAUGUAUGGUGGGACUGCACUGUUGUGGGGACCUGUGUCCAACCAUGUUAAAGAUGUUCACAUCGGUGGAGAGACUGAGCUGUUUGGUGUGUGUCAGCUGCUGUUAUCAUGGGAUGAGUAUAACAGAGCCUGACAGUCGACCAUCUUGCUUCACAAACUUCCCCCUGAGCUGUACAGUGAGAGAGACGUUAAAGAAAGUUGGAACAGAAUUUCCUGACUGGCAGCUGAAUGUGUUUGCUAUGAGACUAGCAGCACAGGAAACCCAGGCCAGAUGGGCAUGUCAAACCCAUGAGGACCACCAGUUCCACACCAGGAGUGUAGCGUACAGGGCAGUUCUUGAACAUGUGGUGACCACAGGUGGCAAAGGGAUUCAGAAACUGAAGAGGAAGGUUACAAGAAAAGAUGCUUUCCAGUCCUUCCCUGCAUACCGUGAGGCAAUAUUUGGCAGACUUACACUUCAUUCAGAUGAAAAGACUACAGAAGACUGGGAGAACUACAAUGAUGCUUUGCAGCAGUCACAUGACCAAUGGGAAAAAUUCUUCCCCUACAUAGAAGUCAUCACAGCUUUACAAGUCCUUCUCCAGCCAGUUCUGGAGACUCUGGUGACAGUGGACAGGUGUCUGUAUCUACAGGAGCAGGGGCUGAAGACUAAAGUCAGCCCCAUAUUCGACGACAGAAUCUCACCACGAAACUUAGCAAUAAUUGCAGAGAGAUGACAGGAAAAAACUCUGAGUCUGACACACUCGAUGAGAGACAUUUAGACAAAAAGGAGAGAAAAUACCUUAGUACCUGACUGCUAGUAUUAUCCUUUGAUAGUAUACAUCUUUUUAACCUUCUUCCUGCUGCCUAACCGCCUAGC